AUAAUUUUACAAAGAUGCUGCAAUGCUUCUAUAUAAGCAGAGAUAGUAAUUUAAUCCUUUAUUCAGAUACUAAAACCAAGCUCCACCUUCCCCUUCACCUUCCGUUCUCCACGUACAAAACCCCUAAUCCCCUCAUGUUUCGCAGACUCUAUUUCUCCCUCUCUCGCCCUAACCCAACUCUCUUCUCUCCAAUCUCUCACCACGAAAAUACCUCUCUUAUCAUAAAUCACAGCAAACCCACUUCUAUCUAUGAACGUUUCACUUCAACCCCACCAAGAUUCUUUGCUUCUUACACCAGAACGAGCGAUACCCAGAAGCCUAAAUUCACUAUUCCACCUCCUGAUAAAGCCUCAAAGCCUGAAAUGCUACGUGCCCUUGAGUUCUCAAUGGGCUCUUCUUUUAGUACUAACCCAAUUUGCCCCCUUCCAAACCCUUUAAUCAUUGUGAUAAGUGGUCCAAGUGGGGUUGGUAAAGAUGCUGUUAUCAAGAAAUUGAGACAAGUUAGAGAAAGUUUGCAUUUUGUUGUGACUGCAACUAGUAGGCCAACGAGAGAAGGUGAGGUUGAUGGUAAAGAUUAUUACUUUGUGUCAGAGGAAGAAUUUUUAUCAAUGAUAGAGAGAAAUGAAUUGUUAGAGUAUGCACUUGUCUAUGGUGAUUAUAAAGGGAUACCAAAAAAGCAAAUCAGGGAGUUUAUGGCAAAAGGGCAUGACAUAGUUUUAAGAGUUGAUGUACAAGGGGCUGAGACUUUGAGGAAGAUUUUGGGGAAUUCUGCUGUCUUUAUAUAUUUAGUGGCGGAGAGUGAGUUGGCACUUGUGGAGAGGUUGAUUGAUAGGAAGACUGAGACUAGCGAGGCUUUGCUUGUGAGGAUUGCGACUGCGAGAGAGGAGGUGAAACAUGUUAGGGAUUUUGAUUAUGUGGUAGUGAAUGGUGAAGGGAAGUUGGAUAAUGCAGUUAAGCUGGUGGGAUCAAUCAUUGAUGCUGAGAAGGCCAAGGUCCAGCAAAGGAGGGCUGUGAUUUAGUUGAGGGCUCAAAGUAUUGUUUUUGAGGUUCAUUCUUAUUGCAACUGUAACGACUAUCCUGAUGUCUUAUAACUGCUCACCUGAGUCUCUGAGUCCCUAUGUCUUACAACAGCAAGCCUUUUUAAGCAUUUUGCUUUGGUUUGGUUAAGGGUGGGUCACAUCCUUUAUUUCAUGGACAAUCACAUUCAUUUUUAGUGCUUUUAUAUAACCAGAAAGAACUUCCUGCAAUAAGAUAUCAAUCACCUCUCCUUGUACAUUUGGAAUAGGCAAGCACCUGUCAUUUUUGCAUAUUUUUAGAGGCAUUAUUUUAAUUCUGUGAAGUUAUUUUUUCCUUAUGACUUCUCACAUAACAGAUUAAAUGUUGCAUAACAUAAGUUAAAACAAAAAUUCAAAGAAUGUGUGCAUUUGAAAGUUAUCAUUGUGAGUUAUAUGACGUGAUGAUCUGAAUGUAUGCUAGAAUGUUAGGAUUGGAUGGAGUUCAAUUAUUCAAUUUAUGGUUUUGAUCAGGCGUGAGCAAAAAAACUGAAAAACAGAUUAAACCGAGAAAAUCGGAAAAAAAAAA